AUUUGCUUUCCAAAACCUAUUUCGAUUUUCCCAUCGAAAACGUCAGGCACCAUUCAACAUGGGCUUGAAAUACGCUAUCAAAAGCUAGUUAUAGCUGAAAUAUUGCUCUAAUUGUAGUGUUAUUGUUACUUUAGUUUCGUUUUAUAUGUACAUUGUGUAACUCAUAAAUUAAUCGAAAAUGGAUACGUAUAUCUUAGGAUACUUCGGUUAUGGCGUUUGUUGAUCACUAAAUAAUUUCGUUCGGUUGAUAGUUAUCUUUCAAUUUGAUGUCUGUUUUUCGUUUCUAAUCGUAUCUUUUGUUCGUGUUUACGUGUUUAGUGAAGAUGGUGAAGGAGAAGCCUAAUUCUAUAAGGAUUUACGAUGAAGAGGGUUUCAGACGGCGUGCCGCUUGUAUAUGCGUGCGAUCGGAAGCCGAAACUGAGGUGUUGCUCGUGACGUCUUCCCGACGGCCUGACAACUGGAUAGUGCCGGGUGGGGGCGUGGAGCCCGAAGAAGAGCCGUCGGUCACCGCUAUGCGUGAGGUGCUGGAGGAGGCAGGCGUCAUCGGCAAGCUGGGCAGGUGCCUCGGGGUGUUUGAGAACCGGGAGCACAAGCACCGCACAGAGGUAUACGUGAUGACGGUGACGCAAGAGCUCGCGGAGUGGGAGGACUCGCGGCUGAUGGGGCGCAAGCGGCAGUGGUUCAGCAUCGACGACGCGCUGGCCCAGCUGGCGCUGCACAAGCCCAUCCAGCGGCACUACCUGCAGCAACUCAAGCGCUCCAAGCAGAAGCCGGGCGGCGCUGACGAGCCCGGCAGCUAAGCGGUCCCCCGCAGUUUUGUUUCACUUGCGUUUAGUGCCACUGUUGUCCGAGUCCACCACAGACCUCUACACCACUGGACAGGCUGUCAAUUUGUCUCAGUUUCAAUAGGCAUGAUGACUCAUUUUGAAAAACUACCCUAUGCCCUAAAAUACCAGUAGAUAGUAACUCAAACAUGGAAAACUGACUGGAAACUCCUUAGGACCAAGCAAACAUUGGCCAAUAUCUGGCUAUUUAGGAACAAUUACUUCAAUUGGUCCUGUCCCUGAAAUAUCAUUACCAGAAGGUUAUUGGUUUUAAAAAUGUGGGGAAACCUAUCGGUACACACAGUCAAUAUUUUUAACCAAUACUUAAACUGUUCAAUACUUGCUGGCAAUAUUAUUCUCAAUAUGCAGAAUAUUGACGUGUGACGAUGGGACUUCAUUGGGAAGUUUAUUAGUUUAUCGUAAAACGUGAAUCAUAUAUAUCAUUAAAUAAAUGCAAUAUUUGAGAGAUUCUCUGUUACUGUCAUCAUGCCUAUAGAUCUCCAUUCUCGCGCUGUACAUGUGACGCUGCAAUACGAGUAUCCUAAAACUAGUCAUGUGGGGUUGGCACAGGAUUUCUUCAAAUUUAGAGGCAUUGUUAUUUUGGUUGCCAUAUGACUAUUCGAGGAACUAAAAUUAGAAUUACGAAAACAGAACAUAUAUUAUUAGUUCCUGGACACUCUACUGUCACUCGUUUAUGGACAGCCAGUUCAGUGUCAGUGGAAUUGUCCCAUUAUAAACGUCAGAAUUUCUUACUUUUGCUCUAUAAGCGCUAAUGUGUGCGGGCGAGAUGAAUUACAUUUUUUUUGUGACCAGAUAACUUAGACGAUAGUGGUGCUAUAGUCCCUUUUUAACGUGCUUGUCAUUGUUUUACCAAUGUAAUACUGUUGUAUAGAAUAUUUGAGUAUUCAUUUGACAUGUAAAAGGCAUUGCGCAAACAGACAAUUUGAUAUCUAUCUAUCAUUGAAUACAAUCAGUACUAGUUCAAUACCUGCGCAGAUAGUGUUCAACUGAUUGCAUAGAUACAUAGACACUGACAAUGUCCAGUUGUAUACACACAGGGGCCAUAGUGAUGAUAGUUUUUGUCCUAUCCUUUGUGGACUACUGGACUAACAAAUGUAUCAGUCUGAAUCUUGCAGAGACACGUAAAUGAAAUAAAUUUCAAAAUUAUGUUCAGUGUAUUCAAAUACUUAAUGAAUACCUGUAAAUGUAAUAAACGCAUAGAUUUCUUUGAAAACGAGAGCUGGAGUACUUAGGUUAUUAAAAGCAAUACAUUGAACUAAAGAAUCUAAUAAAUAGGACAGUUUAUAGAUCAACUGUUUGAUUAACCUACUAAAAAAAGUUAAGGCAUCUUUUUACUGAGCUGUUUUCACAGUUAUACCUAAAGCAUGCUGAAGGAAAAGAAAGUCAAGUGGACUUUCUAUUCUUUGUAGUCCACGUUACUCUAGACACCUAGCAUGCCACUCAGCUUGUCAAAGACUAACUGGCAAUUCCAGAUAGGUCCUGUUCAGCUCAAGAUGAGAUUUCAAUAAGGAUUUAAAAAACUAUUGUAAUGCAAUGAUCGCAAGUAAUUUUCGGUUCAUUGUAGACUUCUUUUCUCCAUCUCGAAAGGUUUGCAUCGCACCUGAGUCAUAUUUAUUUGGGACCACUGAAGGCGUAAGCUAAAAAAUAUUUCUCCGUUUUCGUAGAACUAAAAAAUUGGAAAUUUGAUAAAAAAAAAUAUGUUCGAAAUACCUAUGUUUUUAAGGGUGUUGCUUAUAAUAUUACAACGUUAAUAUUUAUCUCUCUAUUUCGUCCUUUCGUUCCUUUCCCAUUUUGAAAUAAUAUAAUUAGGAAAAACGUUUUGCUCCAAGUGCUCAUUAUUUUGUCAUAGGUCACAGAUAAUAUAAGUUUCAAUACCCAGUUUCAGUUGUGACGUACAAUUAAAUCGAUUGCAUUCUAUAGAUACUUUAACAAAAUGAUGCUCGUUAUCACAAUCAAAUAUUUCAAUAGCCGCCAAACUUUGUGGUCGCACUGAAGUGAACAUGCGCGUAGUCCCAGGGCGUUAAAAAAGAAUAAUCUGCAAACUUUUUGGCCGCCUUCUGUGUAAAUUUAGUAAGCAAAAAAAUAUAAUCCUGUAAGCAAUUCGGCAAAAUUGAAACUUCUGAAGAGUAGACUACGAGAGAUUGAGCUGUUUAUUGAGCAUCUGGCUCUGGAGUAUAAGGAUAAAUGUAAUCUUUAUUAUUUUUAUCAAUAAUUUAAUAUUUUAAUUUUAAACCAUUGAAACAAAAUGUGUAAUAUUUCCCUAUCUCAUUCUCUCCCAUGUAUUUGUUUUUGUAUCUAUAUCGUGACGCAUUUUCGUUUCAUCGAGUUACAAAUCAUAACGAUUCUAAAGAAGUUUCACUUUGAAAAGAUUGUAGAAUACUGUACCUCUAUACGACAGCGAAACAUGAUGUAGAACAAUAAUCGACAAGUGAAAUGUUAAAAAGCGACAAGCUAUUUGAAGUGGACAAUAGGCUAAGAUCAGAAUAAACGCACUGCGUCUUGUAGGCUUUAGACCUGUGCAGUGCCGUCUUUUGCUCGGUCCUGAUAUCAGUGGGUAUUUUAAUUUCAACCUUGGAAGUUCAAUCUAAUUUUGUUACAGUACUACCUCGGGUUAAGAGCUAGACAAAGAACUUUUAUAAGUUACAACAAUAUACCCGUGCAGAUGUAACAUUUGUUGGCAUCAAAAUAUUUUAACCAAUCAUUUACACGCGAAAAACAUCUUCAUACGCCAUUGGUUGUUGUUGAUUGGGCGUGCGCUGCUCGACGAUUUCACAUAUCGUUGUGAAUUGUAUCUCAAAUCUAAACAUACGUCCGUAUGUUACCCUGUAUUUCAUUGUAAUUUAUUAAUCAUUUUAGUCUUCAGAUUACUGCACCAACAACAAAUAUUGUCGAUGUAACUUAUUUACGUGUUAAUUCUGUACAAUUAAGGCAAAAAAAAAACAUAUUUUAAAUACAAUUUCGAUUCUAUUCCCAUGGUUUAUCAACGGCAAGUAAGGACUAAAAAUUAUAGUGCUGUAGUCAUGUUCUAUUUUUUGAAUUUUAUAGCUUUUUUUUUUAAGUUACCUUGAAAAAAUGGUUUAACCAACUAAAGCAUAAUUUUUUAUUCUUUUUAUAUUUGAAUAACUUUUCGCCACGCUCGUCACGACUUCUAACUUGAUUUUUAGAAGGCCCUAAGCAUGGAUUAGGUUUACAAUGAAUUCGACCAUCUCUUCUAUAGAAUAGAUUAUUUAUAUAAAUAAUUGAAACGUUCCGAAAAACCAAGCGUUCUCUCUAAAUGCUGAGAUAAGAAUUCAUUUAUUUAAUAAGCCUAUACAACUCUCAUGCAAUAUUUAAAUAUUAAUGCAAUAUCAAUAUUUUAUUAUGAUUUCUUUGGUUUUAAAGACAUUCCUGACUUUUAGUUUGUUUUUAUAAUACCAAAUUACGAAUGUGCAUUUAACCGCUAAGAUAAUUUUUCAUCCUUCGCAGAAACCAAUAGAGAUUUAUUAUAAGAAUGUUAAAUGAAAAUAAAUGAUUUAAAUAAUAACUUUAAAAAUUGUUUGUCGCUCAAGCCAUAAAUAUAAUGGCACUUCUAUACUUUGCAUACACAUUUGACAAACAUUUAUUAAUACAGUCGACACAGAUAAAUAAAAUAACUUAGUUAUUUCUGGUAAUCGAUUUUUAAUUCAUAGAUAGUACCUAAAAUUGGUUGCGCUUCUAGGGUUAAAAAAAAUACCCAAUUGACUAUUUUAUCCAGGUCUUUUAUAGAAUGGUGACUUACCUUUAAAACAUGAUAUUGGUAUGUUUAUUUAUUAUGAUCCUCUGAUUAAAUUUGAUUUAAAAUAUUAAGAUACCUUUAUAGAAAUACUAAUUUGCUACCAUAUUACGUUAAGGACAGGACAGUGGACUGAUUGGCGUACUAGAUAAUUAAAAAAAAGCUUAAUUGUCGAUGACGUUAGAUUAAUAAUGGACUUUUAUUUCGGAAAGCCGGUUCGAUUUUUAAUAGUAAGACAGAUUAAUGGUAAUAAAUUAAUACACCUAUCUAAUUUAAACAAUAAAGCAAAAAAAAAACGUUCACUAUCGGUGCUAAUUUAGUUCUCCAAACUUGAAACUAGACUUAAUAAAAAAGCCUUUACUUAAUGCGUAUACCAGCUGGUUAAUUUAGCUUAGGAUCUAUUAAGUAUAUUUAUUCAACACUAUUAAUAAACCCGAACAGUUAUGAAUAACAUAAUGGCGUCAAUAAAGUCGCCAAUCAGUCUAGGCACAGCUUGUUAAGGUGCUAUGUUCACGCGUCUUAUCUAUUUAAGGAAUUGAGAGUAACUUAAUGUGAGUGAAUUUGCAUGUGUCCUUGCUAAUACCAAGAACUUGCUAGAACAUCUUAGAGGUUAUACAGUUCAGAACUGUCGACUGUUACAAAACACCCGUACACACGCUUCACCAUUUUGCCGUAUAAUAUGUGAGUACGUUGAUUUCUGAACUGUAUGGUUUCUAAGCUCUCGGUAUAGACAAGAUUAAAAAAAAGAAAUCAAGCGAUUGAAACCGUGCCUCUAUCGUUAUAUAAUAUAAGGAAAUAUAACAACUGGUUAACUGUAUCAAAAAAUUUAUAAUUUGUUUUUAAUUUCUUAUUACGAAAUGUCAAGUUUAUGGAUAGUUUUAAGCUCUGGCUGCACAGAACCGGUUUCGUGCCGAUUUGAUUUGAUACAUUGAUUCCUGCUACAAACUUUAUUAAAAAUACUCUAUUUGAAUUGUUUUGUAUCGACCAGAAAGCCUCGUUAACGUUUCUGUGUCAACAGAGCUUAAAUAAACGAUGCAUCUUAAAUAAAUAUGUGUUGAAUGUAUUUUAACGUAAUUUAAUGCUUACAGACAUAUUGCUCUCUCGCUCACACAAACGAGUCAGUAAAUCAAGCAAGCGACAGAAAAGAUAGUCUAACCAUAUUAGUAGGCCACUUAUGACAUGACGCUGUAUUGACGACUUAGCUACGUAUGUACGAUAAUUCCUACAUUUAUUUAAAAAAGGUUAUUAUUAAUUACCAACUGCCAUCUCCUGUAAAGGUUUUGGAACAGAUUGGUAAAUAGAAAAUAGGAAGAUGUAACAGUGGCCUACCAAAAUUGCUAUUCCGUAAUAAGGAAUCGAUUCGAAAUCUUAAAGGCUUUUGAAAUAUUUUACCAAAAAAAAAA